AUGAGUGCCUUCGCGUCACCGUCGGGAACGGACCGCUCCAUUAUGGGCUCGACCAACACUGCAGGGGGCCCCACGUCCUCAGCGAUUCCCACCCUAAGAGUUGCACCCCUCACAACAGAUGAAGGGCCCGCGGCGAGCCGUGGACGCGCGUGCAGCAUCUCAAUGACGCAGGCGGCCUACGGUUUCUCAACCCAGCAGCAGCAGCAGCAACAACAACACCAGCGGAGGCCCUCAACGCAGCCAUCUUCAUGCAUACUUGGUGCUCCGAAGGGCACGACUGCACCUCGGCCUCCCAUUGGCGUCGAUGGACCUGUGGACGCGUUUUUGGGUGCCUCAUCAACAGGCCCCGCAAAUGGGGGCGCAGAGGGGCCCUCGUCUAAUUUCGCAAGCGCAGCAGUUCGUUUACUAUGGGGCGGAAUCUGUGCGGAUGAGCAGCAUGCACAGUUGGAUAGCCCUGGAAGGGCUCCGUUUCUUGGUGGGGGCCCCUGGGCAUUCAGAAUGGGGGCCCCCCUGUACAAAGCCGUUUAUGAGGAAAACAGGAAUGCAUUCAGUAUUGGGGACACCAGCGAGUGGAUUCCGAUUCCCCGCUCUCUCUCGCACAUGCUCUGCCGCUGUGGCGCCAUAGAGGGAAGUAGCAACGGCAACAGCAACGCGAAUUGCUGCUGUCGUUCAGUACCUCCUCAUGGGCUUAUCCCCGAGCUAAACAGAUUGUGGGUUGCCGACAAGGGUGAUCUGUUUCUGUGGGAGGUGGGCGCCCCUGAAGAGGCUGUGGAACGGCUGUCGUUCCCAGGGGCAGUUGAGUGUGUGGUGUACGUACACCUGGAUAGGGCGGUCCUUCCCCCAGCUCUGCGGGCCUCUUUCUGCUGGGAUGAUGCGGCCCUGUCUGCCUUUUCUGUUACGUCUCAUCUUGACUCUUCCGGCUGUACAGACACGCCACCCUUUGCAGACGUUCCUUCUUCUCCCCUGCACUGUUUAGCAGUCGCCAUCACGUCUUCGGUGCGGCUGUUUGCUGUGUCCGCCACGCCGCGGGUCCCUCGAGUGGAUCCUGCUCGCCAACACCAAGCGGGGGACCCCAUGAAAGGGCCAUCUGUCUCAUCCAUUGAUUACACGGAAAUCGGAGCUGCGGAAAAGCCCAAAGGGGGGGCUAUUGGGGCUGCUCUCGAACUCAGACAUGCGACAGCACACAGGGGUAGCGGGCUUGCCUUCUUCGGAUCCCCACAAACUCAGCAAGUCUACGUUCUAGAUGUCAAGCCGAUCGAUUACGAGAUGAGGGGCCCCCGUUGGGGCUCCUUGAAUAUUCCGCUGCUUUUCACAAAGAGGUCCAGGACUUCAGAAGUUACGGACACCCAAACAGCGGCAGCAACAGAAGAGGAUUCUGCGGCAUUGCGGGUCGUCGCUCCGCCCAAUGGGAUGGAAGGUUCAGGGUUCAGGGUUUGGGGAAGCGGUGGGUUCGUUGUUUGUCAUCUGGCUCCUGUGAAUCCUAAACUCACAGAUGUAAUAAAAUGGGGCUUUCGGGCAUUGUGUUCGUCCUUCGGCCUGAUCGGCAACAGCAGCAACGUAACCGGUAAUAUGGUGGUGGAGAUGGAGUGUCGGCAGGGGUUACGACAGUUGCAGACAGACGAGGCACGAGGCAUCGUGUGGGCUCUCGGCGGCGAUUCUUCUGUCACAGCGUUUGUCAUUCCGCCACCCAACUUAAAGGAGCAGCAGAUACGCACGACGAACCAAGUGAAAAACCUGAGGACGCUGCAUCUCACUUGCAAAGAGAUCGAAGACGGCCUCCAACGCGUAGCUUCCACUUGGAGCAAGUCCCCGCCUGAGGGCCGCGGCGGUCUUCUGGCCUCUUUGAGGCGACUUGGCGGUUUUCGGGCCGUGUCACUUUCCGUCGUUGCCCCCUUUGAGGGAAACUCUCUUGUCGCCGUCUUAACAGAUGCUGUUGGAGGCCGCACAUAUCUUUCAAUACGUGGACUGCGCGCAUUUGGUGGCCUUCCAUAUGCACUACCGCCUUUCUUCCAUGCUAGCACUCACAUGCCAGCUGGCCCGCUUCGCCUUGAAGUUCGAGGUUACAGGGGGCCUAUAGACUCGCUUCCACCGUUUUUAGGGUCGCUUCGGUGUUCAGCCGUUUCAUCUGGCGUAUUUGUUUCCGCAUACGCAGCAAAACCAAACGCACCGGGUGAGAAGGCAGUGGACAAGGGAGGCUUCAAGGGUGUCCUGAAUACGUCCAGCCAGCCGCUACAGCGCUGCGCUCCGUGCCGCAGUUCCUGCUAUGAAGGAGCACCAUGUGUCGCUGAGGCAUCAUUUGCUGAGGGAGAGGAUUGUUUAGGCGGAGGACUUGGGGCUCAGGGCGCUGGUGGCUACCACAGCGGCAACAGUGGCGUCACCGCUAUCUGCUGCUGUUGUAAGAGCAGGCCUGUUGCUGCAGAAAACACGCAGGGGUCUGCUUUGGCGGCUGCUGCUGCUGACGGUGGUAGCGACACCCUCGUUGUUGCAGCUCCGGACCUCAGGGCUCUGGCGCUUCUACAGCAAGGUAACAGCACAAGCACAGGGGGCACGGCAGCAGCAGCAGCGACUGACACAUCAACUUUUGGGGGCUACUUAUUCCCUUCAGUGAGACCACAGUCCGCCUUAGGCUCAGCUGGAGUUCCUAUCUUGGGUCCUCGGAACGGCGGCGGCAGCAGUAGCAGCGGCUUCCCCUCUCUUUGCACAGAGUGGUUCUUGUGUAUGCGGCUUGGCAGAGGGGCGGGCCGGGUGCUGUUGAUCUCCGAGCCCUUUACCUCUCCCUUAUUCGGUGUGCUGCAACAAAGCAGCACCAUCUGGCCGUCUCCGUUUGACAUCCGCAAAAGACGCCAGUGGCUCUCUCUACCCUACAGCAUCGACCCCUUCGCUGCUGCUGCAGCGGAGAGACUUCCAGGAAAACAGACCAGGAUGGGUGAUGGAACCGGCAACAAUAACAGCAAUGGCAGCAAUCACAACAAAAAGCAAAGCUCGCUCUUGGGCUUUCUUCCUUCCGUCCGUCCACCCUGUGCCCAAAGUGAUGCAGCGGCUGGUGCCCUCUGUGGGGCCCCGAAACUGCUUAUUCUCACCAGUAAGUUUGUCUUGCAGCUCCGUCGACAAGCCAUCACACAAAUAUACUUAGCAGGCAUUGAAAGUCUGCUGAGAGAGGGAAGCAAGGGGCCCUUUGGAUCAUCUUCAAAUAAGAUGCAACCCUUAAACGCCGAGCGUCCUGCUUACCCAGAAGCAUACAGCAACAACACGCAAACUCACCAAAACUUCCAACACCAGCAACAGCAGAAUAGGACCAUGUUGGUCUCAGUGGGUCCUCAGCGUAACGCGCCUUGGCGCCUUGGCUACUUGCUGGCAGAGCACAUGUGUGAAGAUGCACAGUUCGGGGCGGACGCAAUGUAUGCGGUUUUCUGGCAGCUGCUGGCAGAUAGUGCCUCCUCUCUUGCAGCCUUCCACGCUGCGCAGUCCAAUAUUGGGAGUAGCGGCAACCAGAGUAUCCCUGAUGGAUCCUCUUCGACCACAAACCUUCUCGACAAGCAAUUGGGGGCCCUCAGGCUAAAUAAAGGUGCCUACUUCCAGCCACCAAACACGAUACAGCUCUCUCAAGGGGGCUCUUCAGGUGUGGCUAGCCUUGGGUCUUUCGAGACCCCCUUUGGUUUAGGGUACAUAGAAUGCUCAGAGAGGCAGCAGCAGCAGCAGCAGCAAGUCAAUGCUACUGUCACAAGAGGGACCUCCGGGGGAAACGCCAGCAAUGUUGGAUUGCCAUCGGCAGCUGCUGCUGCUACGGGAAGAGGAGAGGAAAAGGCUGCUGCUGUUGCAGUGGCGUGGCGGAUGCUAACAGCCCUCGAGGUUCGAAGAGAUACGACCACCAACUUGAAUGCAGAACUCCUUGGGGAGCAGCUUUUGCUUCCUGUGGUGAUGCAACAGACUAUGCAGCAGUCACCGCAGACAGUGCAGCAGCAACAGCCUCAGCAGGCCUGGGGAGCCAGGGCCUUUGGACACCAUGGCCAGCAACAGCAUCAGCAAGGCAUGUCACAGGAAACUGGCGCACCGUUUCAACCGCACGGUUUUUCUGCCGCUUCACAGAUUGGGGGGGCAUUUGGCAACUCUUUAGGCGCCUCAGUGCAGGGCCUGCCGGUAGGCCUGAGCAGUACCGUAAGGGGUUUAAUCCUCUACGCCUCUCGGCUGCUGCGGCCAGUAGUGGGCACCCCCUUGGUAGAAGCUGCUUUGCUGCCCUGUGGCCUUGCUCGAGCAGAGAGCCAUGAGAGGCAUAAGCGAAAGCAGCAAAUUCCAGGACAGCUCAGCAGCAGGAAGAGGGGAAGAGAGUUUGAAUGGCAACAGGAAGAUCCAGAUGGCACCUUGCAGCAACGAGGAUCGUCUGUGUGCCUGGUGGGCCGCUUUUCAGCAGAGUCUGUGUCGCGUCUUCUGUAUAAAGUGGCUUCGCUGUACGAGGUGCUUGACGCUGUGUACACGACGCUCUUCUUUUCGUUUGGACAGCGCGCCUCCCUGCAACAGCAGCAGCAGCAGAUGUCUCGUGCUCCUGCGUGGGGCUUUCAGUCUCGUGGGCUGCCCCCGCACUUCGCUGCACUGCGCUCGUCAGGUUCCUCCUUUCAAGAGGGGACUCAGACACCUUCUCCUAUAGAGCUGGAGCAACAAGAUAUCAUAUGGGGCUCAAUUCCCGUCGGCGAUGCCGUUGAGCUCAGCGUGCUGUACGGGACCAGCCGGGUUUUGGUGACGGCGUCGGAAAUGCUGACAGCGUACCAGCUGUUGAUGCAGCAGGCGGAAUACUCUUUGCAGAUGGGAACGAAUCGAUAUGUUUCUUCUCGUCUCUUUGAUAGUCUUUUGUCAUUGACCCUGACCGAUCUGAAGGAUGAGUUGGAGGCACAGAUGCUGUAUAUUCAGCUGCAACGCAAGUUGCAAGAGGGAGUGGAGAACCAAACAACUCCGAGUCUAGAACAAGUCCAGCAAUUUGUCUAUCAGCAGCUCAUGCCGCGUCUGCUUUUCCUGCCUCUUGAAGGCAUUGUGUCUCUUCUAGACUCCCUGGGAUUUUACAGCCUUCUGGUUGACGUUGUGACCGCCAAGGCAGCGGAUCUCUCGGCACACUUCAGCAGGUUCACAGCAGGAAGAAGGCCAAAAUGGCCUUCUCUGUCGGCAGAUUCUGCUCACCAGCUCGCCGACAUUCAGAAUACUCUUGUUUCUAGCUGCUAUCGCCAUGUUGGGGAGUGUCUCGCGCGUUAUUGCAAAAUCUUUGAUGAGGAAGAUCCAGCGGCGCCUUCAGCGAGAGAAGAACCCAGUGAAAAGGUCGAUGAGGCCGGGGCUGCAUCCGAUGCGCACCAAGACAGCAAAGCUUGCGCAGCAGCCCUUGUGAACGCGUGCCUGGCGAGUAAUGAUGAAUUUCUACACAACUAUGUCUUGGAUUGGAUUGCGAAUAACGGGGGCAAAAACUUCCCAAUUGCUCUAUUACAAAUCGAUGGACCUAUGGCCGAUCGUCUUCUGGCGCGAAGUGACGCGGCGUUCGCGAUAGACUUGGGAGAACGCUACGCGGCUUCAGGGCUUUAUGCACAGGCUGCGAAGUGCCACAGCCUUCAAGGACUGAGGCAGUGGAGUGGGAAUAGGCGGGGAAAUAUUCCUCAGGAAUCUUCUACUGGAAAUUCUGAACAGCAACAAGUCAUCGAAGCAGAGAGCCCAGUAGACGGUUCCGACGUAUCUUCGUUGUUAGCCUUUGAUGCGGAAACAGAUGCAUUUUGCUGCAACCUUACGAAGCCAGCUUGGCACUUUUUGGUUUUCUGGUUAAAAGCUCAUUCACAAGAGCCGUCUUUAAACAAAAGACUUCUUCAUUUUGUCAAGGCCAAGGAAAAUGUACAACAUUAUCUUCAGCAGGCCAGUGGACACACCGAGCAAGCAAUCUACAGUUCAGUGGCAAAAUCCGAGAACGAUUACUUAAUAAAGUGGGAUUCUCUAUUAGGUGACCGAGCCAGUGCAGGACUUGAUUCGUCUGCUGAUGGUCUUGCAAUAACGGCCGGCGACAACUCUUUGAAACAGAUUGAUCUCAACAUUCGAAUGGUUGGCCUCCAGCAAGCUCUCGUGAGGGACGCUGCACAUCUUUUCUGUGUUCUCACCGUCAACCAUUUGCAGUCUGUCAAGAGAGAGCGAGCACUGGUCUCUGGCAUAUCACCUGCAGCCCAGGCCGUCUCAGCGGAAGACGUCGAGACGUUCUGUGAUGAAAUUUCGACUCUUACUGUAACGGGACCUCCUGACAAAUGCGGGCAGCCGUAUAGUUGUCGGGACUGUUGCCUGUCAAUUCUGUCAUUGCUAGUGGAUUUACAGCGCCUCGUCUACGCUCCCCUUGAGCUGUUGGACUUGUUAACGACCCACAUGAAUGAAUACGGGCUGUCAGAGCGCAUCACACCGCAUUUUCCGUCAAUUGCAGCCCUACGACUGUAUGGCCAGCGUGUGUCGAUAGCAACGGCUCGCAACAUAGGCAACGUAGGAGUAUGCGCAGAGGAAGAAAAUACUGCACGUACUGCUCUUGAUGAUGCCUGCAUGGCAGUCCUUUCUUUUGCUGAGGCUUCCUCGCGGACUUUAAAGCAACCGCGGAUUUUGUCUGAUGCGCUUAAGCAUCUAAUGGCAUUGCCGGACGCUGCAGUACGGGAGAGCUGCGACCGGUCUCUCAAGCGUCUCUGCGUUGUUUUACACAUUCACGCGCACUCUCGUUGGGACGAUGGGGAGGUUGCUAUGGUCAAUGCUGAGGGAGAGACGGUGCAGAUUCCUGGAUUUCUUUGGCCUGCCUGGUGCCUCGCGGAGUGCGGCAAAUCAUACAGCAGUUUAAUAGAUCUUUAUUUGUCCUUUGAACAGGAUGAUGUGGCAAAGCAGCAUAGUCACCUAAAUUCCGCAGAGCUGCAGACCAUCUUCUGCUGGAUUUUUGAACAGUGGCUGACCAGCCAGGAUGACGUCGCGACAGCAUUCACUUAUGUCGGGCUCCUCCAUCAGCUUACGGAGUCUGGAGAUCUGCCGUACUUCGGGUCACCAAUUAGUGUACCUUUGUGGUCGCAGCUAAAUGAACAAGAACGCGCUCGAGCCGAUGUUGCCGCACAGCAGCUCACAGAUAUGCUGCUGCAGAUAGAGUUGGCAAUGGCCAGUGCCACUCGGGUGAUGGAAAGUCUGAAAAGUGACCGGCACUUCGUUGGAGUGCAUUCGCGCUUGGCUGUCAUCAAGCAACAAGUUGCGGAGUACCGCGCAGCGCUUCACAAGCAGACCCUGCAGCAGCGCUUUUCCACGAGGUUCUGA